GCUACCAAUUGCUUGCUAUAACUACAACGAGAUUGUAAAUAUUUACCACGGAAAUUCCAUUAAAAACUCGAAAUAUUAUAAAAAAGAUUUGGAGUUUUCCGGGGCCCGAAGAAAGCGCCGUUUUCCUUUCCCUCAAAAAACCGCACACGGAGCGCUCUCCCCACCCGGCGUUCGUCGCGCACGAUACGCUAAAAUAAAAUUCGAAUUCGAAGGAACGGCGACGGCCAGGCCAAGAGGAGUCGCGAAACAUUUCAAAUCUAGCGUUUCGAGAUCGAAGACUGUGGUGUUCAGUGAUUGUGGUUUUUUGCGCCGAUAGCGAUCGUAACAGUAGAGAGAAAGAUGUCGAAGAAAAACGGGAAUCCCGCUGCCGCCGCGCUUCUUCAGGGGGCUGAAAAGCCUAUAAUUGCCCAAUUAGACCAGAAAAAGGGUGGUGUAAACACAGUAAUAAUGACUAAUUUUAAAUGUGACCAAAAUCAAGUCCCCACUCAAUCGGCGAACGGGUCCACCGUACCUUUGGUGGGUACGCAGAAACCAGACACAGAAGUCGGGGAGUACGAUCCGUUCCAGCACCGGAGCCUGCCGCAUCCUACAUCGGACAUGGAUACGCUAGUCCAUUUGCUGAAAGGUAGCCUGGGCUCGGGGAUCCUCGCCAUGCCGUUGGCCUUCCAUCACGCCGGCCUGUUUUUCGGUUUGGCGUGCACGUUCGCGAUCGGUCUGAUCUGCACCUAUUGCGUCCAUCUGCUGGUGAAAACGGCCCACGAGCUGUACAGGAGACAGCGCGUCCCGUCGUUGGGCUACGCCGAGGUGGCCGAGGCGGCGUUCCUCAGCGGCCCCAAGGCCUUCCAUCCAUGGGCGAAGUUCGCCAAGGCGAUGAUUAAUUUCUUCUUGGUGGCGGAUCUUUUAGGCUGCUGCUGCGUGUACGUGGUGUUCGUGGCGAAGAACGUCAAGCAAGUGGUCGACGUGUACGCGCCGGUCGAUUACCAUUACGAUAUAAGGAUAUACAUGGCGUUGCUGUUGCCCGUUCUAAUUCUCAUUAAUCUUAUCAGAAAUUUGAAAUAUCUGUCUCCGUUGUCUAUGCUAGCUAAUAUUCUGGUAGCUGUCGGUUUGGGUAUUACGUUCUACUACAUUUUCACCGAUCUUCCUUCGAUUCACUCCAGGCCGUAUUUCGCCAACGUUGCCACUCUUCCUUCGUUCUUCGGUACCGCCAUAUUCGCAUUGGAAGGUAUCGGCGUAGUCAUGCCUUUGGAAAAUAACAUGAAAACGCCGCAACAUUUUAUCGGUUGUCCCGGGGUACUGAACACCGGGAUGUUUUGUGUAAUAAUGCUUUAUGCUUCAGUUGGAUUCUUUGGAUAUCUCAAAUACGGCAAAGAUGUUGAAUUGGGAAGCAUUACAUUGAAUCUGCCCGAUGUACCAUUGGCCCAAACGGUAAAAAUCAUGAUUGCCGUAGCAGUUUUCUUCACGUACGCGUUGCAAUUUUACGUUCCGAUGGAAAUAAUCUGGAAGGCGGUAAAGAAUAACUUUGAGAGGAAAACGUUGGCAGAAUACAGCAUUCGAGUCGGUUUGGUCAUUUUGACCGUCGUAUUCGCCAUACUGAUCCCGAAUUUGGGUGGUUUCAUUUCGCUCGUCGGUGCUGUUUGUCUAUCAAUGUUGGGUCUCAUUUUUCCAUCUAUUAUAGAAUUAGUGACGUUUUACGAAGACCCAGGCUUGGGCAGGUUCAAUUGGCGUUUAUGGAAGAACCUUUUCCUCAUAGGUUUUGGUUUGCUGGGUUUCGUAACGGGGACGUAUGUCAGCAUACAAGAGAUCAUCCACGGUUGAGACCCUCCAAUACGUUCAGUAUUUCUAGAGCUACCCUUGCGGGGAGAGUCUCUAUAAAGAGGGUUUUGCUUUACCGGCUGGAACCCGGUCGUUCCUUCAAACAUCAAAAUAAUAACAAAAAAAAAUACUCUGGGGCAAGGAACAUUUACGCUAUUGGGCGACAGUCGGUGACCUUUUUGGGGGGUUUAUAGGAAAAUGCCAUUAUAUAGAAAUCAUUCCAAGUAUUGGUUUUGUGAUACAGUUAGUGUUAUAUACUUUACCAGGGAAAAAACUAAUACCAUUUCAUUUCAAUAAUCGCUGUUAAAAAAAUAUUCAUUUUAAUUGUUUAAUUUCAUAAGUGGUAACUUUUAAUUCGUUAAAAUCAACCAGUGUUAGUUAGAAUGUUAGAAACUUGUAACUGUUUUUUUAAUAAAUUUAACAAUUCCUUUUAAUACUUUAGGCUAUUUGCGUAACUAUUAGCGUAGUUAGUUUAUUAAUUUUGAUAAAUAAAAACACGAGCCAAUUUAAAACAUAAACUUGACAAAACAUUCUCUCGGUUAAUUUUAUUUUACGAGUAUGUAGAAAACUGAUUACAAAUCGACUCCCUGCCGAAAUAUUUAUCCGAGCAAUCGUUAUAAAGGGGUAUUGAAAUGAAUUUUAAUUCGUGGAACGUGAUAAACACUAAUUAUUGGCGUUGAAAUGCAGGAAACGUGUCGAUUCGAGUUGAAACGGUCAAGAACUUGUUCGUUUCAAUUGGAAUCGACAUGUGUAUGAAGGACUUUAGAAAUGCUGUGCCGUUGACUACAGUAAAAACUGUGAUUACAGAUGUAAAAAUUUUUUAAUGGGAGGACUAUUAGUUUCUUAUAAAAGCAAACCAUUUCCGAAAAAUCCAUCGUUUCAUUUCUCGACGUACAUUUUUUAUAGUGAGAAUAUUUAUAUUUGAAUAUUGUGAUUAUUUAGUUUAAUUUAAGCUCAAAUUUAUAGUGUCAUUUAGUAAGUGUUCAUUUCUUUCCAUAACCGCCGAUGAACAUAGUUUGACUGUAGAUUUACUUUUAUGCCAGUCACUAAGUUUUAAUAAAGUAUAGCGCACAACUUGCAAUAUUUGAACAACUAAUACAAGUAGUGACAUGCAUAAAAAGUAUUAAUUUUGUCGUAGGAAAAUCAUUUUAAUCGUACAUUUUGGACUUUAAACUAAUAUUGAUAGUAAUCUCUGAGAAUUUUUCUACUUCAAAAUUCCUACAAUUAUUUAUUUAAUAAAUUUAGACUAAUGGGUUGCAAGAAAUGGAUUUUUCUUAUUUAAACUAUUCAACAUACAAAUUGCAAUAAAUUAGUAUUUUUCGAAUUAAUUUAGCCAAAACGAGGAAAGCAUUUCUUGCAAAUUUCUCAUUUAGCUUUUAAGAUUGAAUAUUUAGUAACUAGUCAAAAAUAUUACCGAAUUAUACAAAAAAAAUUGAAUUACUAUUAGACCUAUUAAAUUUUUAGACUUACAUUUUUCGUUAGAGAAAGCGUAGAGACAAUAAUUCGGUAAUAAUUAAUUUUUUAAACGUACUUCUUAUAUUUCAGUAGAAGUUUUGAACACUAACACAAGUGAACACAGUAAGAAAAACAGUAUUUAUAGUUCCAAAGGAACUGUGUGACUUGGUGCCUUAAUACCUGAAUCUGGAUUUAUAUUUCCAGACGAUGGAUAACGAAGUUGAAUAAACAGGGUUCGGUUACAAAAAAAAAGGAGAGAAUAUUUUAUAUGUUCCUAAAAGCAUACAGAUCAUUUUAAAUUACUCCCUUUUAUUUCACUAUAGUUUUACAUUGUAUUGUAGUAUGAAAAUGAUCUGUACGUUUUCUUUUUUUGGUAUAAAUAUAUUUCGAUUAAUCGGUUCGGAAUUCUUUAAUAAAAAUCGAAAUAUGUCAAUUGCCUGAGGUAUAAAAAUGAGCAGAAUUCAUGUGCCAAGUAUGUAUUACCAAAUUAACUUAGUUUUAUACAUUUUUUUAGUAUUAUUUUAAACUUUGUGCAUGAAUUUGGUAAGUUUUCGGAAGUAAGUCAGUAGUUCCCGAAAAAAACUUUUGUUAAAUAAUUUAUGUGACUUGUUUGAAAAGAACAGAUAAAAAGCAAAAUAAAAAUAUUUAUGACUUUUAUGUACGUUUUAUAUUUACCUAAGUUAAAAGAAAAAUUAUUUGUUACGAACUAAUCACAGUAAAAAAAAUAGACUUAAAUUAUACUUUAAAUGAGUAACAUGUUCCAUGUUCAAAGAGAGACAA